AGUCGCUCGUCGAGCGCAGCUCUGACAACCAGCUUGACCUGACCUGGUGUAAUCCUCAGAGUCAUUUUUUCCUCGGUCGACAAGUUGUCGGCCGAUCACUUCAUCUUUCCUAGCGGCGCUUAUCCGUUAGCGCGACAGCAGCCACAGCGCGCAGUCCCAACCCGGUGCAUUAGAAUACGUUAAUGUUGCGGCGAAAGAGCAUUGUGGGAGGACUCUGUGUGCAUGACAAACUGUUCACUGGAAGGUAGACGGACGAAUAAAAUCGCGUAGAGAAGCUCACGCACGACUCCAGCUCCACGGAAUCCCGACUUGUUUACCCAAAACCGGGCACAGAGGAGCACCGUUGCGCAGUCUUUACGCACAUCCAAAGAGCGGACUUGGAGGGGGCGUCUGUCUGUCACCACCAUGUCAGCCGCAACAGCUUCAAUAGCAGAUGUGUCCAGGACUGAUUUUACAAACAGUGAUGACCGGAAUAAGUCAGGUCAGGCUCAGUGCACACCCAUGCCCCUGCCAGCCCUGGGCACCCAGAGGAUCAUCCAGGGCAAUGGCACAACUGUGGGUACAGUCAUUUCCCUGCAGUGCCCAGCCAAACACAAACUGAUUGGAGGUGAGCUGACUUGCGUCAUGGGCCCCAACAGCACCCACUGGGAGGGGGAGACCUACUGUAAACCUCUGUCCCCCCUAGAGGACUAUGGUUUCCGUGUGGCUGUGCUGGCAUCCAUUGUAAGCACGGCCAUAAUCUUCUUCAUGUCCGUGGCCUUCAUCACCUGCUGUUUGCUAGACUGCAUCAAAGAGGACAAAAGGAAAAAACAUGAGAGGGAGUCUGAUAUGUGGCAGUGGGAGGAGCAGGCCCAACAUCAGGAGGAACACAGGUCUCGCUACGGCCAUAAAGGCAGGAACAACAACAACAACAACACCCAAGACCAGGUGUUUUCAUUGUGGAACACUGGUAACCCAGCCAUGUGUGACAGUAUGCCACCCUGCAGAUGUCAUCAGCAGUAUGCCUGUAGUCCUGCCUGCACAUAUGGCCCCACUCCUCUGCUUUCUGUUCUUCCUGGCUAUGACUACAACCAGCCUCUCUUACCCCGAAACCCAGAAUCCUCACAGAUUCGUGGUGAACCUGAAUACCUUGGACCUCCUCUGUCCCCCUGUCAAACUAUUAACCCAGGCCUGUUCCAAAGCUCAGCAAUGGGGCCUGGUUUGGUGCCACAGUAUGGAGGACAUCAGAGCAGUUUCUCCGGAGCGAAGCCAUCAACCACAGAUGAAUCCAACAUGAGGAAUAUACACACUGCCAAAGAUUUUUCCAUUCGGAUUAUAUCAGUGUGAGGUACACAGGAGGUGAAUACCAUCAGUCAAGAACUUGUUUACUGAACAAAUAUGUUGAUCUGUGCAAAGAGGACUACAGGAUGUAGUGACUGAGCAUUCCUGAUGUUGCUGAAAUGAUAAUGUCCGCAGUUCUGCACAGUAUGAAGGCUCUAUAGGCAUACUGAUAUGACAGACUUAUGUGCCUUCCAUAAACUGUAAUGGCGCACUGCCCUCUGCCUGCAAAGAGGGGCCAUUGCACAUUCAGGACCCCAGCCUUGAUGGAUGACACUCCUUGUAAUAGGAAGGUCGCUGACUUUCAUGCCCUGAAUAGAGCUUUUCAUAAAAAUGAUGUUAAGUUAAUGACAAAGGUUCAGUAGGUAACUUUUAGAAAAAUAACUUUUUGUCAUAGUUGCAGAAACUGUUUCUGUUUUUGACAGUAGUACAUUAGACAGAUGGUCUGUGAAAUAAUCAGGUUCCUCUGGCACCUCGGAGUAUUCCUGAUGGCAUUUGUAAGAAUCAACCGUGCCUCAACCAAAAUAACCAAUCCAAGGGUCCAUGAGUCUGCUCCAUUUUUUUCCACUGUUGCACCGCUUAACACACAAAGUAAAGGACGGGAGAGCUGUUUAAAUGGAGUGUAAUCAGCAGCCAGCAGCAACAACCACGUAACUGUCAACUGACAAAACAAUGUCUGUCUACUUUCCUAUAAUUGCCUGCAUUGACAGUAAUUUUCACAACAUGAUUUUAUGUGAGCCUGAAUGACAUUCAUCAGCUCUCUGUCUUAUCAGUCUUGACCUGUUUGUGUUUGUGUGGGCCAUGUGGUCGUGGUUGCAUAAAUGCUGCAGAGUGCCCCCUUCCCCUGCACACGCACUCACUUUUCAUCACCGGUUUUCUUCUCUUUAAUUUGCUGGAACCAUAGACUGCAUAUAAAGAUGAACGACUUGUCCCUGCUCACCCCCGCUAUGCUUAAUUGAAGCUAAAAUAUACGGCUGCUGCCAUCUUGCACUAGUGACGUCAAUCGGAGCCAGAGUCUGCGCAGUGGCCGAAACACUGUUGGCAGCGCAGUGUGCGCAUGGGCCAUGAUUGACACUUGCAUUAGAGACUCCUCCUGGCUCUGAUUUGCUAGUUUCAUUCAAGGAAAGGUGGAUUCUUGCAAGUGCCAUUAGAAGCACUAGGUGGAGUCAGAGUGACAUUAUUUUUUAACAGAUAUGUUUGAUAUAUAUUUUUUAUUUCACUAUAAAAGUUAUCUACUGUAGCUUUAAGGUGUUUAUUGGAGCAUAGUUUACAACAAAACUGAGGAAGUUGACAGAGAAACUAAUUUCUGGACUGCAACGUCCACUUUGUUAGAUGAUGGAAAGCACCGGCCAGUAUGUAAAUACAAUUUUUUUAAAGAAUGUAAAUAAAUUAAAGCAUUCUAUGAUAACAAGUGAGACUCUGUUGCAAUGGAAGUAGUAGCCUACAAUGAUGUAUUUCCCUCAGAGGGAUCAAUGCAAAUAUUUAUAUGCCAGCAUGAUAAGGCAGCUUCAGUAUGUUUAAUGAUGCAGCUUACACACAGGAAUCUAAAAAUGCUAAAAGAAUGUAUUGUUAAAAAGAAAUUAAAGAAAAAGAAAUUAGACUAUUAUUAUGAUUA